AUUAUCCGUCAAUCUGUCAUCAACAAAACAUUGGAACGCGAUGCGAGUUUUGUCAACCGAAAUUUUUCAUUUCGUUUUAAGCUCAAUUUAAGUAUAGGAAGGCACAGCGUCCACAAUGAAUGUGUCCGUUGUUAGUGCAAAGGCAUUUACUGCCAUGCAAAAUCUAAACAUUACCGAACUGAGUGAAUGCUCUCCCAGCGAAAUUCGACCGCUGUUACCGAGUCUGGUGCGGAUGAGUCUACUAUCGCCGAUGGAUUGCAUGAAAAGUGGAGUGGAAUCACGGAAGCAAAUACUGUCGCUUCUGGUUGGUAUAGAAGUUGUGAACAAUAUCGUUUCACUGCUGCAAGUCGAUUACCAUGAAUUGGAGAUUGAUGUGAAGAAGGAACAGCAGCUGAGACAAAAAAUCGGCAACGCCAAUCAAGACUCAGCACAAUUUCAUGGUCUACAGAAUGGCGUUGCGUUGGGUUUCGAACGGGCUGAUGUGACCCGACGCGUUCGCAUCGUACUGUCGGAACUGUUUUACAUUCAAUCACAAAUCUUCGAACAAAAUCAACUGGCCACCGUCCGAGGCAAUUCGAACGAUAACGUCGUCAAGCAGUCGGAAUUGUUCGACAAUGAAAUCUAUCUGGAAGAAAUCACCGACAUCAUAUGCAUUGCAUUGGCCGAAUUGCCGUCCCUCUUCAACAUACAAGAGGUGGUCGAAACACUGUUGUACGUGAACAGUGGCAGUUCAAUCAUUUGUUCGGUGGUUGCGAAUAUGCCCGACUGUUUCAAAGAAGUGGUCACAUCGCUGAUAUCGAACGGCGACGAGGACACACCCGACGGUAAAUUGAGAUCGAAAGCUUUAUCGGCCUUGUGUGAUAUGAGCCCGGGACAGGCAUUACCAACGCGAACAUUAUGCAUUGAAAUGUCGAAAAUGCCGUCGUUGAUGUUGCGAUUGAGUCUGAAGGAUCCAUUGGAUUUGAUUGCUUUCGUGUCGGGAUUGCUACUCGGAAAUGAUCAGACUACACGCUCAUGGUUUGCCGUUUUCGUACGAUCAAAUCAGAAAAGGAAAGGGAAUUCCUUGCAGGCAGUCAGAGACGAACUGCUCAAACAACUGCAAAACAUUGUCGUUUUCUCAUUGAAUGCUCAACUCACUGACGAACUGGUGGUGCAGGGAGCUGCACUGCUACGACUAUAUUGUGCAUUACGUGGCAUUGCCGGAAUCAAAUUCAACGACGACGAGAUCCAUCUACUGGUACAGCUAAUAACAUCAAAACCACCGCCAACAUCAGCAGGAAUCCGGUUUGUGUCACUCGGCCUGUGCAUGUUAAUCGCUUGUCCGACGCUCAUCACCCAGCAAUCACUGGAAGCGAAAGGAAUCGAAUGGGUGCAAUGGUUGAUCAAAGGCGAAGCCUAUUUCGAAAGUAACAGUGGCGUUGCGGCAUCAUUCGGUGAAAUGUUACUGCUGAUGGCCAUUCAUUUCCACAGCAAUCAGGUGUCCGCCAUUUGUGAAUUGGUCUGCUCAACGUUGGGCAUGAAAAUUCCGCUUCGACAGAACAACACCACUCGAAUGAAGCAGAUUUUUACGCAAGAAAUUUUCACCGAACAAGUCGUUACGGCUCAUGCCGUCAAAGUGCCCGUCACUCCACAAUUGAACGCCAACAUUCCCGGCUAUCUGCCCGUGCAUUGCAUUCAUCAGUUGCUGAAAUCGAGGGCAUUCUCCAAACAUAAAGUACCGAUCAAGUCCUGGAUUUACAAGCAAAUCAUAUCGUGCACCACACCGUUGCAUCCGGUUCUGCCAGCCCUAAUUGAGGUGUACGUUAAUUCCAUCAUUUCACCGAAUGCUAAAGGCGGACUGGUCGAACAUACUCACGAACCGCUGACCGAAGACGACAUUGUCAAGGUGUUUCAACGGUCCGUUGUGGGUACACAUUUGCAGACGAAGAAACGGAUCUAUGCGUUGGAACCGGAUGUUGGGAUCGACGAUGAGUCAUUGGUACAGCCAAGCAUAUCGUCACAGCUGCUGUUACUUUAUUACCUUCUUUUGUACGAAGAUGUACGACUGAGCAACAUGGCAACCAUCAUAGCCAAUUGUCGGAAAGUGAAAAGUUACUCCACCGAAUUUUUGUCCGAACUUCCCAUCAAAUACCUGCUGCAACAAGCCCAGAAAAACCAGCACGACUUCGGUGGAUUAUUCAGCCCGUUGCUGCGGUUAUUGGUCACUCAUUUUCCGCAUUUGUCACUGGUCGACGACUGGAUCGAAGAAGAGUCGAUUUCGUCGAAAGUCACUUCAUCGGUGUCCAUCCAGUCGAUGCAUAUUGUAGAAGCUUUCGAAGACAUCGAACAGUGUCCAUCCAAAACGAUUAAAUUGCUUCGUUUGAUGCUAAAAAUGCCACCGACCGAUAUAUGGCCACAUGUCGAGCUGUUCGUGCACUAUUUCAAGAAGAUACUUGAUCCACAGGUGCCACGACUAAUUCAGGAACUGUACAAAAACAUCUGGAUUCGAUUCAACACAGUGCUGCCGCGUCGACUGUGGGUCCUAACCAUCAAUGCUCUGAUGCCCGACGAAAUGUACAAAACGCAGUUGCUGACACAGGAAAGUAUUCUCUUCGAUCCGCUACAAGUCGUCCGUUGUGAUGCCCGAGUCUUCCGUUGCCCGGAUGCAUUGGCUAUAGUUUUGCGUAUUCUACAGGCUAGUCUGGCCGCAUGUAAGAGUCAAUUGUCGCGGCACAUUUUAGACAAACCGUUGAUCGAGAAGGCCGGACAAUUGCAGAUUUCGGAAAAUGAACGCGAGGAAUUGAAAACGGCCCUGGUAGCGAAUAUGGAAAGUGCUGCCGUUCAAAUACUACUGGAAGCUUGUGUCGAAACGCCGGACGAUCGUUUAAAAACAGGCAGACAAUGGGCGUUGCGUGAAGUUCGUGGCAUCGUGUCGUCGUAUAUUCAUCAGGUGUUCAUUUCGGAACCGUCACUGGCCAAACUGGUUCAUUUUCAAGGCUAUCCCAGAGAACUGCUGAGCAUGACUGUACGUGGCAUUCCUUCGAUGCACAUCUGCAUGGACUUUGUUCACGACCUGCUGGCUAUGCCUGAGAUGGACAAGCAGAUAUUUGCAAUUGAUUUAACGUCACAUCUUUCUCUGCAAUAUGCGCUGCCGAGAUCGUUAGGCGUUGCGAAAUUAUGCAUCAACACGCUGUCCACUCUACUUACAAUACUUUCAAAAGACUCCCGCAUCGAGAUGUUUCGUGCCGUAUUGCCAUGCAUUGUACGAUUUGCCGAGGCAUUUCCUCCGUUGCUGGAAGAAUGUACGCUGUUUCUAAUGCAAUUAGGACGGAUCGCAGAGUCACAAGGAGCGUUCGGACGUUCAAUUUCACUAUCCGUUUUGUCAUUGAAUCCGAACUCAAGGAUACGAGCUCAGACCAGACAAACGCAAUACUCCGAAGAGUUGGUCGAGGAGGUGCGUGAAACAUUUUCGAAACUUUUGGAGGAGGCGGUUUUGAAACCAAAAAUUUAUUAGGACGAGACAAAAUAAAGAGACGAACUUCUUACUGUGA